AUGGAUACUUGGAAGGAGGUAUUGGACAAUUUCACAAAUUCCGAAAGCUGUGAUGCUUUCAAAAAGACUCUAGUUUCGGCUCGUCGUGUUUUAAAUGAGGAUUUAGCUGAUUUUGAGAUAGAAUGGUUUCUGGAUACAUUGUUAGAACAGCCGGUACAGCUAAUAAAGACGCUACAGCUUAGGCGUUCUGACUCAACGUGGGUGGAGUGUCUAGCUGAUGCAUUAGCCCUGCUGGCUCAUUUGCUUGAAAAAUUCCAUUCUCAUAUUCACAAGUACUAUCACCAGAUUGUGCAGGUUUGUGUCUCGGGAUUCGAUGGCUUGUGUCGCCAGCGGUCAUUGAGUUGUUUAUUGCAAGUCAGUCGACAUAGUUCCGUACCAGCAUUACAUGUCCGGCAUUUCUUUGCUGUUUUCCAAAACAGCUCUGUUUGCCGAGCACCUUUAGCUCUUCUCUUGGGGUCAAUAUGUCUGAACCAGCCUCACGCUAUAUCAGAGCAUGCGCAUGCGUUGUGGCGAGUUCUUUUAAACAUGCUUGAUGAUAGCAAACUAACGGGUACAGUACGCAGUGCUGUUUUGAGCAGCGCGUGCAGCGUUUUGACGCGGUUCGGUCGUGAACUACCCUCUGCGGACGUUCUCGCCGUCUACCCGCAUCUACGCGCAGCACUUUACCAGCCGCGCUGUCAUGCUGCAUGUCUCCUUAUAUUGUGCGAACAUGCAGCAUUAUUCCGGGAACGUGUAAGUGCUGACGUGGAACUGCGUGUGAAACUCAUGCAGAGCGUGGCAGAAGAGAAGGUGGAACGCGCAGAGAUGGCGCAGCAAGCACUGGUCGUCAUAUACGAACAGGUGGCUAUAGUCUACGCGAAGGAAGCCCGACACAUAGAGAAAGUUAUACACAGUGAAUUAUUAAAACAUGCGAUGAAGGCGGGGCUCCGGCAGGCGGUGGCUCUACGAGCGUUACACGUUUUGGGACACCCUCUAGGUAUCUUGCACUACGCGAAUCUGCCGGCACUGGAGUACUCCCUAAGGAGUGGAUAUCCUCAUCACGAAGAUGUUUCAGUUAUAGCGCUGUGCAUAGAAAAUGGGGCAUGGGGUGCUUCUGAAAUGGUCCGAGCUUGGUUAUCAAGGCAGGAGGCUUUGUGGGCGGGCGGAGACAAGAAGUUGGCGCGUGCGGUCCUACGCGCGCCGAGUAAUUUGAAACAGUGCACCGCACGAACGCUGGUAAGCGAAAGCUGCCGUUCAGAGAAGACACAGCGUUGCCAGGCUAUAUGGCGCGAGAUAGCUCAGUCUGAGCCAAGUGAAGAUUUUAACGCAGAAUCGAACGCUGGUACCAUCAAUGAGUUACUGGAUUAUAUUGGGAAGAGCGCGCUGGAUGUUUUGAGGGCUUAUAGCGUAUCCGAAUUUCGUGAGGAUGGGUGUGAGGCGACAUCAGCCUUAAGUGAAUUUCUCUUCUGCGUGCUGAACGAAGCUGGUGGGCCCCCCACCACAUAUUUAGCAGCAGAAUUAGCUGAUGUGCUGGUGCAGGGUGCAGAGCGAUACCCUGUAUUACUCCCACCAGCACUGAGUGCCUGUUGCUUGGCUACGGAAGUACCAACGUCGAGGUUUUUGCUGAGCUUACGAAUCGAAGAUGUGAACGAUGAGCACAUCCAGUGGCGAUGCUGCGAAACCCUCGUCCGAUGCAGAGGUCCACCGCCCCGGUCUGAACUUAUCCCGUUGACUCUUGGAGCUGUUCAGGUGGUAUUGAGUAACGCCAGAGCAAGUGCGACACUACAGUUAGACUGCGUGCGCACUACGGACGCAAUCCUGCGCACGCAUCUCGAAGGACUUGACAAAACUCUACUACAUCAGGUGUGUAUACGCAUCCAAGCGUUAAAGGCACGGUAUCAAGUUCGAGACCGAACUGAGAGGGAGUUGCAGAGGGCAGUUCUCUUAUUUAUGGGUAGACACGUGGCCUGUUGUGAGAAUAUUGUAGAAGACAUAGCUCUUGAAGAGGAAUCCCUCAUUUUGACUGAUUUAAGGGAGUUAUUGAGUGUGCCUGGUCCUUGUGGUGCGAUUAGUUUAUCCCCUGCCCUGUUGGAGAUAGGGCAAGUUUCCUCGCCUGCCCGUGAUGAUGCACAGGCCAUAGUUACCUGGCUUUCCAAUAAAUUGAGUAGUUCAGGUUUCCCAUGUGGUGUCGUAUGGUGGGCAGCGCGCGCUGGCGCAGACCUAACCCCAUUGACAUCUUCACUACGCCUCAGUAUUUUACCACAGUUUUUGAACUGCAUAUAUCGUGAGCGCGAUGCAAGUACUAGGAAACUAAUGUUAGCUUUGCUGUCACAAGCCGUAAGCCAAGAACAAUCUGAAGUAAACGAGCUACGCGCGACAUUAUUGCAACUACUGCUAAAGACGCAGCGGUUGCACACAGAAGGUUCAGACCAUGUAGGAGUGGAAUUAGUGGAACUAUGCCUUAACAUUUUGAGGGAUGAUAAUGUGGCAUGCGCUGACAUGCUGCCCGUGCUGCUAUUGCGUUCCCUUUCUGAAUGGUGGGGGCCGGGUAGUGGUGCGGUGGCUCAACUUUUCGCAGAACGACUGUCUCUCUACACACUCGACCGUAUAAUUGAACUUAGCAAGUUGUCGCUGGCCACUGUGACCCCAAGUUAUGCCAUCAGACCCUCAAAUCGCCUUCUCUUCCAUCUUCUUUCCAGUAUUGCCACUCACAUGAAGAAAGAUGUCUUGGAUAUUAUACUUGAUGCAAUGAAUGAUUCAAGUAUCUCUCGAGUUCUGGGGGUGAUAAAUGAAUGUGUUGUUCUUUCUGAUGAUGCUACCAUCUCCUCGAAAGUGUGGUUAGCUCGCGGCUCCCUUGUCCCGGAGAGAAUUUUUGCCCUGGACUUGGAAAACUUGACGGAGUGUACUAUGAAUGUGGUACUUCACUUCAUCAGCUUGAAUGCUCAGGUUGCAAUGGAAAAAUAUGAGGACACUAUCGAUUUCUUUUGUUCAUUAAUUGAACGCGUCCCAAUGAAAAGUGUUGACGUAGUCCAAAUCUAUAUAAGCGUUAUUGUAAAGACUAUAGGAACAAAGGAAGAACAGAAAGAUGCGCAAACGCAGUUGUUCGUCGCCCUCGAUCGUUGGAUAAGCAAUUUAAAGCUUAAUGAAGUAACAGACAGCUUGGAGAAAGGGCAGUUUCUGUCGCAGCAUUGGAUGCUAGUGAGGGGCUUACGAAAAAUGCUGGAUGCUUUUGACGUGUGGAAUGUAGGGGGACAGAAUCUCAUGGGUGCUAUGGGGGGUGUUAGGUGCUGGUUCACCGCAGCGUUUGCACUGAGAGUGGAACAUGGUGAUUUCUUCGCGCAAUCGGCUUAUCUUCGAGAUGUUGUGUAUGUGGCCUUUCUAGCUCUGUCUUUGAAAGAGAGAGAAGAUAUAUUCAACGAUGACUCCGAUUCCUGGCAGUGGUUGAUGUCUCGUCUGCAGAAUAAAAUCGCGAAAUAUCUUUCACCAAAUGAACGGGUGUUCCUGUUUGUAAACGAACAUGGAGCUAAUAGAAGUCUCCUGACUUUCCUCGAUCAAAUAUGGCCAGUUUUUGAAACAGUAAGCACUUUGGAAGAUCAAAUUUCUUUGGUAGCAGAAGUUUUAGAAGAGGAAUCCCAGAUUAUCAAAGAGGAGAAUUGGGAUGAGGGUAGUGUUGCAGUAGAAUGGGCAACGAAGAUGGUACAUUCCAUCGGCACCCCACUGCAUCAUCGGUUGCGGCUUUUCACUUCGCUACCACCACAUACUAUGCAGCAAUGUGCAACCGCUCUGGUGGCGGAGACCUGUGCAGGUGUACGGCUCGGCGAAUUGGAUUCGCGCGGUUCAGCUGUACUCCGAGCUUUGUUAGUCGCUGUAGAGCGAUCUCGUAGACCCACCACUGCACUUCUGGAUAUUAUCGCUUUGAUAGCAGAUGAUGAUAGCUCUCCGGAGUGGUGUGGCAACGCAAUGGAGAGGAGUACACGAGCCAUAGCAUUGAGGUUUGAGGAGAUAGGGGCGAGUCGUAUACGCGAAUUGAUUGGACUUGCGUACGAACGGUCGUGGGAGGCGCGUACGCUGGGCAUUUGUCAUCGCUUGUUGAUGCCUCUUCUUCGAAGUUCAAGUCCAGCACUAUGCGAGGAGUUGUACUCCAGCUGGUUGGAAAAGCUGUUGAGCGUGCUUCGUCACCGACCACGUGCCCUAACACCUAACAGAGUCAUUAGCCGCUGCCUGCUGGAUUACGUGCGUGCUCUAACUCUCCUCACUCUUGUCUUUGAUAAGCUGCCUCGUGGGAAUAUAGAGCGUUCUAACUCUGUACUGUACAGUGCGCUUGCGCAACCACCACCCUUCCACUUGGUGCGUGAAGUCUGCAAGUAUUGCGUGGCGCUACGCAAAGAUAUGGUAGCCCCGUCAGAUAGCGAUGAUAAGAUGCAGGAGCUAUAUAGAAUGUUCCAAUGCGCCAACUUCAACUGCCUCUGCGCAGCUCUGCGUUGCCGUGCCGGUGUCUCCUCCCUUUUCAACGUGGUGCUAGAUGUGAGUGUGUGGGAACACCUCGUGGAUAAACAGGAUUUAAAGUUACCGCUUAAACCGACUCGCCGCGUUAUUCGUCGCCCUGAUAAAAGUCCCGACAUGGAAAGUACUCCGUCGACAUCCUCUACGCUAAAUACGGUGAAGUCACGCAUUUUCCUCACCACUCUUACUGACAACCCGCUGAUGUACGACUUGCAUGAGGAAGAACAUGAGACAGAAUCGGAUCUAGAAAAAUGGAGCGAGUCACCCAGCGACACUGGCGCCAUUUACUCGCACGACUGCUCAUCGCCGUUGACUGCGCUCGUGUUGCAUAUCCUGUCACGUGAUCUGCCAUCAGAGAUUUAUUUGCGUCCGUUGGGCGACGUCCUCACGGGCAGUUACCAUCAAAACUUGAAGUGGUUGGUGGCGCAAGUGGUGUGUAAUAUUGGUGACCAGCUAGCACCAUUGAGGAACGCGCUGUUCGCCUCCGUCUUGGACACUUUGGAAGAUGGUUUAUUAAACCAAAUGCAUUUGCAUAUUAUCGACACAGUACUCGGCUGGGACGACGCGCAUGCGCAGUCUAGUGCAAUAGACGUUGAGCAGCUAAAAUGCUUGGCGACUGCUUUAAUACACACCGCCGUUGAACUAGGAACUCUUACUCCUAACUACCUACUUGAAGUCAUGGAGAGACUCCUUCACAAGCAUUUACAGAAUGUCACGCUACAAGAUACAUGCUUCCGGAAAUAUUUCGAGGACACCAGCUGGAAACGAUUAAGAUGCGUAACUGUGAUAAAACGCGUGAGCCGUUGUGGUGUACGAGUCGAAAGGCUAGCUGCAGCGCUGGUCCACUUGAUAAACAACAAAGAACAACACCAAACAACAAACAACACAGAACGCCAAAGAAGCAACAGCAACAGCGACGUCCGUGCACUCCGUGACGUAGCUCAGUCCCUUGGUGCCGCGUUGGCAGUGGAACUGGGGCCUGAGGCGAAACGUCUGAGGGUCAGGGUCACUCAGGAGCUGCGACGACUGGACGCUGGUGGUUAUCUCACUCUCCUUUCUUCUGCUGCACAGCUGUAUCCAUCUAUUGUGGACGAAGCACAAGUACGGAAUGUAAUAAACAUGUUGACGAAAAUAGUCGGUAGAGAGAAAAGAAAGUGCACGCAAAUUAUUUUCGCAUUCGUGAAACGUACUAACGAAAAGUACGGUGAGCAUGUUGACAAACAAAUCCGCGAACAAAUAGCGGACAUGUUCGAUCUGGUUCUGGAAGUACUUCCCUUCGAAACAGAUGCUUUGAGUAUUGAUUUAGUAAGUCGAAUGCGAGACAUGUCAAAAUCCGAUGACUGUGCAGAGCCUCCAGCGAAGAAACGAGCAACAGAAUACAUUCAGGAGUCACUGGUUUUAUCAGCUUGGAACAGCACCGAUGUGGACCAGAGUUUGAUGCGUGUGCUGCGUCGUGCUAGCGCAGCUCUUACUAAUUCAAAUCCAAAAGUUUCUUCGUGCGCCUUUCAAACUCUUGCUAAUAUGCUAUCUACAUUGAACAGCUUCACAAGGUUAUCUGAAAGCAUCGCAUUGGCAUCAGGCCUGGGCCAGCCGAAUCAUGCACGUGGCUCCUGGGUGGCGUUGCAGCUGUUCCUGACGCAAGUUGUGGAAGCACGCGACAAGUGUGAGCAAUCUGCGUUACAAGCGAUGUUGAAUAUGGCACAGGGCUCCGAGGCAUUAUCGGGUGCGCUCUUUUGCGCUAUAGGCGCGUCUAUGCUAGGACAGGGGCUGCAGCAACAUCUCGUCCGGGAUGUCGCCAAAAACGUGAUGCUAGAUACGCGAGCAGCUCCAGCCAUGCUGCAGCUAUUACACACACUUGUCUUGGGGACUGUGGAUGAUGAUGUACUGGAAUGCGUAGAGCGCGUCUGGACACCUCGAGAUGCGAUUUUACGUGAUCUGCGCUUGCGCAUGCGACUGUCAAAGAACACGCAUUUCACACUCGGUAAUACAAUAAUUUCGGAAAUAAACACUACCUUUCAACCGUCAGAUAUAAACGAGUUCUCUAUUCAAGAAAUGAGCGCAUGCUUCGGUUGGCUGAGCGAUUGGGAGCAUUGGGGAGAGUGGGGUAAAUGGGAUCAUGAUAAUAGAGAGCAUGUAAAACUGCCUUCGUUGUGGACUAGCCUGGAUCGAUUCAAGCAGGAAAUAGAGCAAUAUAAGGGUGACUGCAAGUGGUUACGUGAGAUGUGGGCGGCGUGUGACCAAGAUAGUGGCAGUAGUGGUCUGCAUCUUUUAUUGCUCGAAGUGGAUCUCUGGCCUUCAGACGCCUUUGCACUAUCGGCUAUUUCAGAGAUCCACGAAUGGCGGAAGAAUCAAGAGGACCUGGGAACAGCAACUAUAUAUCCGGAUAGAUAUUGCCUAGCUGAGUGGGCAGCUCGACUUAUGCUAAGAUCGGUCCGUCUAGAGUCAUCGGAAGAUUGCAAUUCCCAGGAGAAGAAGUCUCUUCGAAACGAUAUAGUGGCGUGGUGCUCUCGGGCCAACGGAACAGGCCAGGGGGGCGGUAGACCGACGUCGCUGAGGGUUGCUUUACACCAGGAAGUCUUGCAAUGUUGCAAACUGUUGCCAGAAGUGUAUGAGAGUGAGACUCUACGCUGGAUAGAGCAGAAGGUCACAGCACAACGCGGUCUCGCCUUAAUACAAACUGAUGUACAACAACUCAACUCUACACUUGAGUUUGCAGAAAGAUGUUGGCGAGAGUUCGAAGCCAUCAGCCCGCCUGAAGAUGCGUUACGAGUAGCCCAUCUCGUGCUGCAGCUGCGUGGAGAUACACACUGUAUAAACAAUGAAAGCGUAGAAGAGGUAAUACAGAAGGUGAAGCAGUAUCAUCGUACCAUAAAGAACGAGGGAGAAGAGAAGAAAGAAGGAGUGAAUCUCUGCUCGUUGCUUUUGACUGCUGGCCGCACAUUUAGACUACAUAUUCACUAA